GUCUUCUCCACAUGAACGAGAGACAAUGCAAUGUCAUCUUCAAACCUCAUCUCUAUACUCCCCCCACUCAAGGCGGAAUCUCUCCAAUGUAUUCACCGAUUACAACUUUAUCAUCGUCCAGAUCCGAUAGCCAUACCCAAGUCCAGAACAGCCUCUGUCGCCAUAGUAUUGUUCGUUGGACGAUUAGGCGAUCUCUACGUUUUGUUAUCGACACGUGCUGGUGAUCUACGAUCCUAUGCUUCCGAUACUGCCCUUCCCGGGGGUAAACACGAUCCCACUGAUGCCGACGAAGAAGAGACAGCUCGUCGGGAGGCAUAUGAGGAGAUUGGUCUACCAAUGGAUCGUGAGAAAGUUCGAUUCAUAUGUCUUCUUGAUCAAUUUCUCACUGGUAAUGCUCUCGUCGUAACACCGGUAGUCCUUCUCGUUACGGACAACACCAUCUCACCCAUUCUUAACCCAUCAGAGGUCACACACUUAUUCUCCAUGCCACUAUCCGCUUUCUUAGUUCAUCGUCCUUCUCUCAUACCCAAUUGGUCACUUGGAAUCUCAGACAGGAUCCAUCCUCUUCCUCCAGAACUCGUACCUCCUCCUCCUUUGGUAAGAUAUGCAGAAGGAGCAGGUCAAGUAGGAGGUAAAGAAGGAGCUUAUUAUGCAUUUAGAGAUGUCCAAUGGGGUGAAGGUAC